AUGCGCCCCGCCUUCCUCCGCGAGGCCGAGCUCCGCCUCCUCCGCUGCACCCUCCCGCCCGCCCUCGACCCCGCCCCCCACCCGCUUCCCUCCCCUGCGCAUCCGCUCGGCCCCGCCGCCGCCGCCUCCGCGCUCGCCGCCGUUGAGGCCGGCGACUACGAGGCUGCGCUCGCCGCCGCUGCGCCGCACCUCCUCCCGGCCUCCGCCUCCUCUGGGCCUCCCGGCUCUGCCGCGCAGUUCUACGCCGAACUAGGUGCCGCCGCUCGGGCGUUCCUGCUGGGGGAUGGGGACGGGGGAGCGGUGGGAGAGGGGUUCGAGUGCAGGUGCGCGGUUGUGCUCUCCGCUGGGGUGGCCGCGCUGCUCGCGUUCACGCAACAGAACAUGACUGGGCCUCCAAGGAAGUUUCCCACUUUUCCUUUCUGGAUUUCAUCUUUAGAUGAAAGAUGCUAUAGCAAUCUUGGAGACAUAUGGGAUGCCUGGGCUUCUGACAAUUUAGCUUCUUUUGGUUCUCAUGUUCAUGGGAAAUUUUCACUCUUGCAGUUCAUUGUCUUUGCAAAGCUUUUGUUUACCAGCCUACAGAGUCUGGAUCUCUCUGAUUGCUGCAGUGUGCCAUGGUGGUUGUUUAGAAUAUCAAUGUUCCAGCAGAACAUCUUGGAUGACUUAUCAUCGUCUUUGUUUGAUCAAGUGCAAGUGUACAAGAAUAAGAUGUUGGACCAUUUUGGUGAACUGGAAAAGGUUUCUACCUACUGGGAUUAUUUAUUGUCUGAUGGAGAAGGCUCUUAUUUUGUUUCAGCUGCUUUCUUAGAGGCUGGAAUUGUGGAAUACAAAUAUGGUCGUGUUGAUGCUUCAAGGUUGCAUCUCAAUAGCGCACAAGAAGCAUGUGGUCUGCACCUCUCCCUUACAGGAAUCCUUGGUUUUCGAACAAUACACCAGGUGGAUGCAAAGUCUCAAAUGGUGCUUGUUGCGAAGACCAAUAAAUCGGGCUCUGAUGAAGGACAAGUGACAGAACCCACAGUAGCUCAGAAUGACAAUGCAGCUUUAAAAAAUGCAAGGAGCUUCGAUCCUGUUGAAGGCGAUGAAUUCUGUGACAUACUAAGAAUGCCCAGACUGGUGCAUGAUGGGAGUAAUUCUGCCAGUGAAGAUACAACAAACCACACUGCAAAAAUAUCACUAUCGGCUAUACAGCAGGCUGCUGUACUUGCACAAUGCUUGCAUGUGAGCCGGAGGAGUCGUAGUGAUGAAAUGUCUGGGUGGGAGAUGGCACCAUACAUAGAGUCAAUCGAUUCUCAGGAGGAAUCUUACUUUGUGAUCAGGAGUUUGUGCGAUAUACUGCGUGUUAGAUGGGAGAGACCAAUUCAGUCGGACAAAGCAGCGGGCACUACUAAUGAUGGAGAAUUUGGUUUCAGAUUAUUAGGUAAAGUGGCUGAUGCAGUUAGUCUAAUAAAUGCUCGACUUUCUGUUACACCAAAUGACCCAAGGUUAUGGUGUUCACUUGGUGAUGUUACAAAUAAUGACGAUCAUUAUAAAAAGGCAUUGGAAGUAUCAAAUAGUAAAUCAGCCCGAGCUAUGCGUUCUCUGGCUCGCAGUGCGUACAACAGGAAUGACUUCCAUACAUCCAAAAUCCUGUGGGAAUCUGCAUUGUCGUUGAACUCUUUGAUUCCAGAUGGCUGGUUUGCAUAUGGCACAGCUGCAUGGAAGGACAAGGAUCUUGACAAAGCUGUGGAUCGUUUAGUCGUGCUGUACAGAUAG